AUGCCCAGAGACGACCUUUCCAUCGACUUUGUCCCCAAACACAGACACAAUAUGCCACAGGUCGAGCAAUUAGAUACAGCGGGAGUUCUCGAUGAUUGGAUCAACCGUGUCGCGAAUUUACCCCACGAAAUUGCUUUUAAGCAAGAUGAGAUAGGAGAAAAGGAUAAAGGAAUGCAAGAGUGUCUCGCCAUCGUAGCAAAGCACGAUGCCGCUCUUCAGAAAUGGACCAAGGCCAACGGGGGACACCAGCCAAAUCCAAAAGAAGCAGCCUUGAACAGGAUUAUUUUGGAGAGUUACGAAAGAGCAGAGCGCCUUCAGGAUGAGAAAAUCAAGUUAUCCAGAGAUCUAGAAGCCCUUGUUGAAGGACAUGUGCGACGACUCGACUUACAAAUCAAAGGAUUACAAGAUAGAGGAGAAUUUCCACAAGAUCCGGAUUUGCCUUCGCUACUACGACCGCAAUCGAUCGAUCACGCCCGGUUAGCCACGCAUGCCGCCACGAGACCGCUGGGUGAGAUCAUAAAUUCGGUCUCGUCUCCUCAUUCACGCCACCCGAGCAAUUCUAGAUUAUCUGCCAAUAUCAAUCAACAUAAUGGCGCAACCACGUCUUCUGCACCGGCAACGCCAGCUGCCACGCUGCUAUUACAAAGACAAGUUCGGGAGUCAUCUCUUGGCGCGAUCAACAAGCGACCAAGACUUACUGGAGGGCUGGGUACUUUACCAGCAGCUUCUAGUGGGCUUGCUCGCCAUUCGUCAAUGACUCCUGGUACCCCUCGUGGAGGUACACCAUCUGCUGUCCGUGGUGGUAGUGCUGGACCAAGAAACUCGCAGAAGAAGAAAGUUGCUCCGCAGGGCAGCAGACAAAGUGGCGCUCCGCGCAAAGGCAAACCUGGAAAAUCCGGCCUGAGCAGGUUAAAGCGGGGACACAAGAACUCGCCGUCCUCUGCAAAUGACAGUGAGCUUAGUGAUGCGGAGUCUGGUUCUGUCGAGGAAGAAGAAGCUGCGGGACGUCAAGGCAAGGAUGUUGAUGGAGACGACGAGAUGGUUGAUGUUGAUGAUGAAGAGGGUGGAGAUGAUAAGAAAUACUGCAUUUGUCACAAUAUCAGUUAUGGGGACAUGGUGGCUUGCGACAACGAGGACUGCCCUUACGAAUGGUUUCAUUGGUCUUGUGUUGGCGUCAAGAGUGAUCCCUUAGGUACCUGGAUAUGCCCAGUCUGCACUCCUAAAAUGAUGCCUAAAAGGGCCUAA